AUGGAGCUCCAGAAAGCUCAGCUCUCCUCCACCUUCUACAGACCUAGUCUAGAAGAAGAUGGAGGAGGAGGAGGAGGAGAACAGCCUCAGGCCUUUGACCGGUCGCUGCCGGCCGCGGAGGACCGCAUGAGUGUUGAUCAAUGCGAAGCGAUCGGGGACCUGGAUGAUUCGCGGCUCGUCGGAGCUCCCCAGACGGUCGCCGGCUGCGGCAUGGUUGCUGGUAGGGUGGGGCAGAUGAUGGCGGACGUGGCGGUCAAAGUAGCGGCGGAGAAGAGCUUAGGGAAACGGAGGCGGGGUCGGCCGCCGAGUGGGCACGUCAGAGCGACGCCGGUGAGGAAGCAGAACGAAGAAGAGGACGUUUGCUUCAUUUGCUUCGAUGGUGGAAGCCUCGUGCUUUGUGACCGCAGGGGCUGUCCUAAGGCAUACCAUCCAUCGUGCAUCAAGCGGGACGAAUCUUUCUUUAAAUCAAAGGCCAAAUGGAAUUGUGGUUGGCAUAUAUGCAGCAGUUGUCAGAAGGCUUCACAUUAUUGGUGUUAUACUUGUACUUAUUCUCUGUGCAAAGGUUGUACUAAGGAUGCUGAUUAUCAAUGUGUACGAGGAAACAAAGGAUUUUGUGGAACAUGUAUGAGAACUAUAAUGCUAAUUGAAAAUGUGCAAGGAAAUAAGGAAGUGGCCCAAGUAGAUUUUGAUGACAAAAGCAGCUGGGAGUAUCUGUUCAAGGUUUACUGGAAUCUUUUGAAAGGGAAACUAUCAUUAACUCUGGACGAGCUCAUUAAUGCUAAAAAUCCAUGGAAAGGAGCUGCUGUUGUGGUUUGUAAGAGGGAUUCUUCAGGUGAACUAUAUAAUGGGGAUAAAACAACAGAUUCAGGUUCUCUCAACUCUUUUGCAGACCUGGAAGCAACACAUUCAAAAAGAAGUAAUAAAAAGCCUAGAAUUUCUAACAAGGAUUUGACUGUUGAAAAAUCACUUGGUGGUAGAGGGAUGCCUUUCUCUGAAGGCACAGUUUGGGCAUCAAAGGAGCUCCUGGCAUUUGUUGCUUAUAUGAAAAAUGGUGAUAUAUCUGUGCUAUCUCAAUUUGAUGUCCAGGCACUUUUGCUCGAGUACAUAAAGAAAAACAAUCUUCGUGAUCCUCGCCGGAAAUGCCAAAUUGUUUGUGAUUCAAGGCUCAUAAAUCUGUUUGGGAAAGAAUGUGUGGGUCACUUUGAAAUGUUAAAACUUCUUGAAUCUCACUUCCUUAUAAAGGAAAGUUCCAGGGCAGAUAAUAUUAGCAGUGCUGCAGUUGUUACUAGUGUUUCCAGCCAAAUGGAGUUUGAUGGAAUCUAUGAUAAUCAAAUGAUGAUGGGUAAUGAUAAGAGGCGUAAAACACGUAAAAGAGUAGAUGAGAAAGGACCACAGACUAAUCCAGCUGCAUAUGCAGCGAUUGAUGUUCACAACAUCAAUCUGAUUUACUUGCGCCGUAACUGGAUGGAGAUUCUUAUUGAAGACAUUGAUAAAUUUCAUGAGAAGGUGGUUGGUUCAGUUGUGCGAAUAAGAAUUUCUAGUGGUGAUCAAAAGCAAGAGAUUUAUAGGCUUGUCCAAGUUAUAGGUACCAGCAAGGUUGCUGAACCUUAUAAAAUUGGCACAAGAACAACUGAUGUCAAGCUUGAAAUCUUGAACUUAGACAAGAAAGAGGUUAUAUCAAUUGAUGAGAUCUCUAAUCAGGAAUUCACCCAGGAUGAAUGCAAACGAUUACGUCAAAGUAUAAGGUGUGGGCUCACCAAACGGUUGACUGUGGGUGAGAUUCAGGAGAAAGCAAUGGCACUUCAAGCAGUAAGAGUAAAUGAUUUUACGCUUAGGGAAUGUGUGGAGAAAUUACAGCUUCUGAACUCUCCAGAGGAACGUCAGCGCAGACUGCAUGAAACUCAGGAAGUGCACCCUGAUCCUAGUAUGGAUCCGAGUUAUGAGUCAGAAGACAGUGCUGGAGCAUUCGAUAAGAAACAAGAUGACAAAGUCAAACCAAGGAAAAUUGUCUUCGGUAGAAAGGGAAGGGAACCUUUCCCUCAACCAUGGGAACCCAUUUCAAAUAAUAUUGGAGGCAAGGCACAGAAAAAUCGGGGUAGAGAAACAUUUGGAAUAAAUGGAUGCAGUACAAUAAAGAACCAGGUCAAUCCCACUGGUUUGACGGCUUUUGAUUGGAAUAAUCAAUCGGUGGUUGAAUCUAAUACAUCUACUGAGCUUGCAUCAGAAAUUUCAUCGCUGCCCUUAUCUGCAGUGAUGAAGACAGACCUAUCUGUUGAUAAUUUUGAGACAGACAAGAUAUGGCACUACCAGGACCCAACUGGAAAAAUUCAAGGACCAUUUGCGAUGAUACAGCUGCGUAAAUGGAGUACAACUGGGCACUUCCCUCCGGAUCAUAGAAUAUGGAGGAUAAAUGAGAAACCAGAUGACUCCAUCCUUUUGGCUGAUGCAGUGAAUGGACAGUAUUAUAAAGAACCAUUAUUGCCACAUGACAGCCACUUGCUUUCUCAGGGAUUUACAGUGGCCUUGGAUGAAAGAAACAAUGGCCAGGAUGCUGGAUCAAACAAGAGUAUGAAUGCAACUCAAAUAGAUGGUAAAAAGGGAGAAGAGAGCUGGAACUCGAAGCAGGAUGGCCAAAGCUUGCAUAAUAAUGGCAACGUUGAACCUGUGAGGUGUACUACACCUGUAGAUGUUGUCAAUUCCAAUGAGGAACAAACCGGAAACCAUUUGCAAGGCCAGGAUCCAUUGAAGGGUAAUAGUUCUUCACCCAAUAAAGCCCAAGAGAGUGUUUCACUACCUUCACCUGUAGUGCCUGUGAAACCAUAUGAAACACUAGAAGGGGAAAGUAGAGGAGCAGAAAAUAACUCUGAUCAGAACAAUGGAAAUUUGGAUCCACCAAAGACAGCUCAGGGUCAAAUUAUGAAUGGACAGUGUACUGAGAACCGAUCUGAUAGUGAGGGCCAUUCAGGCCAAUCUUCUGGACAAAACUGGAGACCUCCACCUGUAAGUAGUCCUUCAAAUGGCUGUGAUUCCAACUCUGAUUUAAUUCCUUUGUCUAAAUCAUGUGAGACGUCAGAACAAGAUCAGAGGGAACUUAGUUUUCCAGAUAUUCCCAGUCCCACUCCAAAACCAAGCAAUGGAGAUUUACUAGGUCAGGCUGCUGAAAAUAAGCAGUCUGUAUCUUCAAAUUUUCCUGUUCAGGAUUCUGGACCUAGCUGGAGCACUGCUUCUAGUUUAGGGGGUGGUGGGGCACAACUUCCCGAAGUAGGUGGUGAAUGGGGUGGGUAUUCCCCAACUCCGGCCAAACCUACUUCUCUUGAGGAAUGGGAAUCCAGUCUUGUCUCUGCAUCUUCUCUAAAACCAAGCGAGAUGGCAGGUGAUUGUGUUGCUACCGCGGUUUCAGUGAGUGGUCAGCUGACUCAUUCUUCCCCAUCCCAUCCUACCUCAAAUGCAUCUGGUUGGCAGGACAUUCUUACUGGAUCCACUGAAUUUUGCACUUUAGCUGGUGAAUCAGUUUCAGAUCUUCUGGCUGAAGUUGAAGCAAUGGAGUCUCUCAGCGGCUUGGCUACCCCAACAUCAAUCAUGAAUUGUGGAGGUGAAUUUACAGAGGGUUCAAAAAAUGAGAGUAUCAGUUCUGUGGAGGGAUUUAGCCCCCCCGAACCUGGUAAAGGUGAUGCCUUAAGCUCCAGUGGUGAUUUAAGGGUACCUAUGGUGACGGAUGAACCACUCGGGGAAUGCCAGGGAAAUGCUGUUGAUCUGCAAAAAGGAUGUGGUGUGCAUUCUUCCACAAGCACUGAAGCAGAGGGAGACAGAAAACCGAGUGAUGUUUCAGUCAACCAAUGGGAGGCAGGAUCAGAGAUCCAAACCACUGCACCACCCAAGGAAAAUUGGGACAUAGCUAGUACAGACAAUCAUUGGAAAGCCAGGUCAGAAAGCACAGAAACCAGUUGGGAAGCAGCCCAGGGAAAUGCAAACAUGGGCUGGGGAGGAUCGGAGCAAGGAGGUGCAAAUACGGGUUGGGGAGGUGGGCAGGGUAUAGCGCAGGGAAACACAAGCAUCCAUCCAGGUACUCCAGCUGGGGCCAUGUUGGAAAGCCAGUUGAGGUACAGCGGAGACAGAUUCAUCGGUCCAAGAGAUCGGGGUUUUCAGAAUAGGGAUGUAGGUUUUGGUAGGGGUAGGUUCCAAUGGAACAGGCAGACAUAUGGAAAUGGAGGAGGUUCAUUCAGGCCUUCUCCCAAAGGCCAGCGGGUAUGUAAAUAUUAUGAAAGCGGGUACUGCAAGAAGGGAGCAUCAUGUGGUUAUUUGCACCCAUGA